AGCCGGAAACGUUUCACAGAGCAGCUGCUUCCUGAAUUUCGAGGCUCCGGUCACACGCGACAAAGGAGACAAACAAUGGCCAACAGAGAUGAAAUCCUUGCCAAUUUCCAGGCGUGCUCAGGAAUUGACGAUGUUGGCGAGGCCUUCAUGCACCUGGAAGCAGCCAACUGGAACCUUCUGGAGGCACUCCAGGUGGUCAUGCCCCAGGAAGCCACCCCAGCCACACCUGCGCCCCUGCCUCCACUACAGCCAAUUUCUCAGUCUGAGGUGAUAAGCGUGGACUCCUCGCCAGAAAUGUUACCUCCCCCCAUACCUCCCCUACCUGCUGCAGUGCCCUCCACCUCCGCAGCCACUUUGCCUUCGUCUUCAGAUACGGCAGCGGUGAUGGACGUCAAUAUACAGGUCUUGUGUGGAGGUGCGUCAGAGGGCAGUUCUUUCCCCCUGGAGCUGCCCAACUCAACAUCAGUGAGCGAACUACGCACAAUGCUCCACCAGCUUGUUGGCAUCACCCCUUGCAACCAGAUUCUCGAAGGCUUCAAGACCCCAGUAGAAGACAGCACUGUGAUCACGCAUGCAUUGUUGCCAGAGUCUCGCACACUCACCCUAAAUGCUCAGUCUUCAGUAUCAUUUGGCAACUAUUUUGAUAGAGUUAAUGGCGCGCACAGCGAUGAGUACCUCCUCCUCAUCCACGAUGAAACCAAUGGCAAGAAUUACAACCUCAAGUUCCCAGGCAGUCGUCGCAUCCGUGAGAUCAAGGGCGACAUCCACGACCUGACUAAUAUUGCAGUGCGCAACCAGCAGUGGACAGGCUGGCCUCCAAACACCGACGAGGAGAAUGCCACUUUAAAUUCAUCAGGGAUUAGCAAACAGCACCACUUAACAGUGCGGAAACUUGUUCGGGAACGUACACCACGAGCCCAGAGAAAGACACUGGUGGAUACGGAGGAUGAUAAUGCCUCCGGUGAAGAAUUUGAAGACACUCCGGAGCUUCUCAAUGAUGACGACGACUUCUUUGGGAUGAUGGAUGUAGAUGUGCCCUCGUCCAAGAAGCCACAGACGCUAAUCCCCGCCGAUAUAGAGGAUGAGGUGAUGGGUGUAAUACACUUCUCAGAGGAGUUCCGCAACCGUUAUGGCAAUUGUGUGCCCAUGUUUUACCAGGGAUCCCUAGAAGAUGCGCUCAAGGAGUCUGUUCAGCUGCCAGCAAAAAAUAGAAAGUUGUUGGCUGUAUAUUUACAUCAUGAUGGCAGCGUCUUGUCCAACGUUUUCUGCUCACAAGCUCUCUGUCAGCUCUCCACAGUGGACUACCUCUCAGCAAACUUUGUGGUUUGGGGUUGGGAUCUCACACAUGAAGCUAACAAAGCCAGGUUAUUGAACUUGGUAACCACACACUUUGGCUCUAUGGCCUCUACCACCGUAAGGACUUUCAGUGUGGACAAGCUCCCAGCACUGCUCGUCAUCACACGCACGAGAGGAACCAUUGAGGUUCUCUCAGUCAUACAUGGCAAUGCAGUCCUAGAUGAGGUCAUGACGGCAUUACUCCAUGCAAUGGAAAUGUUUGAGGAGCAAAGAGUGACAGAAGUGCAAGAGGAGGAGGCACGGGAAGCCAGGGAGGCAGUCAAGGCAGAGCAAGAUGCAGCAUACUUAGAAUCUCUGGCGGCUGACAGAGCAAAAGCGGCUGCAAAGAAACAAGCAGAGAUGGAAGAGAAGCAAGAGAGAGAGAGAGUGGAGUCCAUCAAACAGCAGGAAGAAGCAAUUAAGCAGGCGGUAAGAGCAUCAUUAGAGACAGAUCUCCCUGAUGAGCCUGGGCCAGACUGCAAAGAACCAGUAUCGACCCUUAGAUUUCGGAUACCCGGAGGAGAGACCUUCCACCGCAACUUCCUUGCAAACACCACUCUCCAGGUUCUGCUCAACUUUCUGCAUGUCAAAGGAUAUCCAGCAGAUGAAUACAAGUGUCUUCAGUCUUGGCCCCGCAGAGAUGUGAGCUCUCUCGACACAUCCAAAACCUUGAUGGACUACAAACUGUACCCACAAGAGACCCUGAACAUUGAAGAGCGAUGAGGAGUCUCUAAGGGGCUAUCCUAUGCCCCAUACCCCCUAGCCCUCCCCCCUGUAGCCUUCCAUAACCCCUCCCUCAUGACCACAGACACAUCCCAUGCAUCAACAUGUCUGUGUUUGUAUGUUCGUGCAGUCCUGGAAGCUUCGAGAGAGUCCUUUUAGGGUGGCGCACCAUUUUGUCCCCCUAUCCUCCUCCCCUCCCCUUUGAUCCCCUCUGGCAACACUUCACUUUUCCUUCACCCAACCCACCCCCUGCUGCCCCUUCCCUCUUAGAGCCCUUUAAAAAAAAAGAAAAAAGACUCCUGUGAUUUGACAAAGAGACGGGACCCCCGGGUGUUUUGCACGUACACUGUGAGGAUGUACAGAGGAGGGAAAGGAGAGAAGAAGAAAAAGUCUUUUCCCCCUCUCCAAGAAGUAGUAGAAGGAGACAGAGAAGAAGAAAAGGAAAGAGUAUCCAAGUGGUAGUUAAUAAGUUGAGAGGAAGAUGCACAGUGGACUUAUUUUCUCUCUCUCCCCCUUAUUUCUUUAAGAUAUACCCCCUUUCUUUUUAAUUUUUUUGUUAUAAUUAAACAUCAUUGUCAUCAUUGCUACCAUCAUAAUCACUGCUUUUUUUUUUCUUCUUCUAUCUUUUACUUUACUUAACUUAUAUAUAUAUAUAAUUUUUAUUAAAGGGGGUUAUUCUAUGAUUUUUUUUUUCUUUUUUUCUCAGAGCAGUUCUCCUUGGGUCACGAUCUCUUUAUCACUAGGCUUGACUGUAUAGUAGUAAAUUACUGGAAUUGCAGAUAUAUACUCUACAUUUUUAUAUAAGAUUAUUGUAGCCUUUAAGGAAACAAAGCAAAAAUAAACAAAAAAAUAUAUAUAAAACCAUAAAUAAAAAAAAAAUAAUAAAAAUAAAAAAAAAGGAGGAUGAUGACCAGAAAUGACAAUUAAGUUGAGGAUACGUUUCUCGUUAGAAGAUUAAUACAGGUUCCAAGCUCCUGAUGGAAAAGAAGUAUGUCAUAUUUUGUCACCUAAUUUUUAUCAGGCAGUAGGACCCUUCUGAACAGAAAAAGGGAUAGGGAUAAUUGUAAUGUGUAUAGAUUGAUCAUAAUAGUAAAGUAACUGGUAAUUUCAAGGACAGAUUCUUGCUGCUUCCACCUUCACUGUGACAUUUUGUGACCUUUACCCCCACUUGUGUUUAUAUAUACCAAGUUGAUGUACUUUUAAUUCGGUGCACUUCUCCACUCAUGCCCAUUGACACACACAUAUUUAUCCACGUGCUGCAUCUGCACACAUCUGCAAAACAUACAUGCCUGUACAUUCACACACGUGCACUCUCUCUCUUUUUCCCUGUUCUCUUAUUUUACCAUCGGAAAAGAGUCCUUGUGGUGUGAACUGAAACCAGUGAAAGAACAUUCAAAGGGGUUCAGAGCAAGACAAGAGGUUUUGACUGCAAAGUUUACCCUCGUCCUCUUCCUCCCUCACCACUACCCACUCCCUUUAGCAAAUUAUAUGCCCCUGCAUUGUCUUUUUAUUUUAUCUCUCUCUCAUUCUCUCUCUUUUUUUCCUUUUUUUCUCUUUUUUAAGAGUUGUUUACAAAAUGUAAACCUGCGACUUAUAUAUCCUUGGCCAUCAUAUGGCUGAUCACAACUGAAGUCAACAAACUUAAUAUAUAUAUAGGCAUUUUAAGGGACUCGUCGCUGGUGAUUUUUUUCUUGGGUUUGCGUUCAGACGAGUGAGUUAUAAUUAUCUUUUCUUUUAUAAGAUUGUUAAUUAUGAAAACAAAACAAAAACGUACCGUUUCCUUUUUUCCCUCCUCCCUGUUUUGUAUAUUUUCCCCUUCAUUUCCUCUCAUUUCUUUUGUUAAUGAUAUAGACAUUUACAUUGUUUUAAAUGUGCAAGCAUUACUUGCAUGUGAUAUGAAGAAAAAGUAAAAUAAAAUAGAAAUGUACCAGUAAGACAGCAUUUAAGCAUCUUAUUUUUGUGUAUGUGUUUGUUUAUGUAGUAUAUAUAUACUUUAUUGAUAUAAAUAAUGUAUAUGUAUAUGUAAAAUGACACACACAUACUUUUCCUGAAAGAUUUGUUUUCUUACCAUGUUGGUUUGUAUUAUAUAAUGAUGCCUUAGUCUUUAUGUGUACAUUACCGAAGAGCAAGUAAAACCAUCAACCAUAUAAAAGACGGCUUGUUACAAUCCUCAGAAGAAAGAAAUGUGAAAAUUAAUGUAAAAAAGUAAAAAUUCAGUAAAAAGUGAAGUGAAGGUUCUUGUUUUUAUUAUUUAUAUUAGGUAGUAAUGUACUUGUAGUCUUAAUAAUGUUAUGUUUCUGUAGUGAGACUAAGGACGAGGUUAAAUACUAAUGAUGCAGUGCUGAGAAGAUGGAAAAGAGAGAUUGUUGGCUUUUUUUUUUUUUUUCUAAAUUGAAUUUACUCAUGCACAUUAUAUAUAUUUAAGGGAUUUUUUUUUUUAUUUCCAGGUAAGUUUUACAUGUAGUUGGUUAUCCAUUUUGGCUUUUCUCCCGCUUUGCCUCCAGCACUCCUUCAAUUCCUCAUCUCAUCUUUAUACUCCACUCUUCCUCGUCCCUUCCAUCUUUCUACUUUUCGUGUCACUUAGCUAAUGUAACUUUAUUUCAUGUCUAGUCAGAUAUGUUAGUGAGGAUUUGGUACUAAAUUUGCUUUUUGUCAAGACGUCAUCUGGAUAGAGAAUUGCAUUUUUUUUAUUAUUUCAGUGAUUGUUUCCUUUAUUUUUAUUUAUUUAUUUAUUAUUAUUAUUUUUACAUAAGCUUUCAUCAUAUGUUACCUACUCAGUGUUUAUAGUUUUUCUUUUUUCUUCUCAUACCUCACUCCCCCUUGUUCAUCCCACACACCUCCCUUAAGCUGAUUUAUAACAUCAUGCACAAUCACAGUAUCAGUAUUUUUUCUUGAAUGUUAAGCACUAUAAAAAUGAAGGGAAAGAGAAGGUGAAAAUAAAAUAAGCAUUUUUUUUAAGGAUGAUAUGACUGCUACUUGUUCACAGCUGCCCUUAUAUUUACACACGUGUAUGCCUCGAUCUCAAGGUACUGCUGUGACCUUAUUGUUAAAGAUAUUGUUAAAAGGAGAAUCGAGUCACUGUAUUACACUGAACGAUGUGUUUUAGGAACAAUUUUAUGUACAUAAAGUAAAAACUGAAA